AUGGCGGAGACGACGCCGUCGCCGUCAUCGUCAACGUGGGAACAAGGGGAACAGGUGAAUGUGAAUAGUAGUAAUAUGAGUUUAGGAAAGGGUGAUGAUGAUGAAAAGAAUGGGCAAGAGGCAGCAGCAUCAGCUUCUUCAGUGGCAAUGGCAGCAUCGAUGGCGGAGGAUCUGCAGCGUACGGUCAUGCAAUCCACGGACUCUGCCAUUCGUUCAGCUCGCUCUCUCCAACACCACUUGCCCCAAUAUGUCGAAAAAGCCGUCUCCGACUACAGGACCUACGAAAAUGCUUUCUUCACCAAGAUCAAAGAAGGGUUGAUGAGUGCAAGAGAGCACCCAGCCUCAACUCUUGGGAUUGGUCUUACUGCUGCCUUCCUUCUUUUGCCAGGACCAAGAAGGUUCUUCAUCCGCCAGACAUUUAGUCGACUUCAGAGUGAGGAGGCACAAUUUGUUAGAGCUGAGAAGAAUGUAAAGGAGCUAAAUCUUUCAGUUGAUUUGAUGAAGAAGGAGAGCAAGAAACUUCUUGAAAGGGCACUUCUUGCUGAAAAGGAUAUGAAAUAUGGCCAGACUGAUCUCAUGGAUGUGGGAAGUCAAAUUCAAUCUCUAUCUAAAUCUGUUCACAAGGUUGAAUCCCAAGCUGCAGAUUUAAUGGAUGGGCUGCGAGAAAUUCCUAAUAGGGAGGCCUUGAAGCUUAGAGCAGAGGCAAGUUGCUUCAAUGGCAUCAGUUUUGAAAAGGCAGAGGUCUGUGCUGGACAAACGGAUAAUGAAGAUCUCGGAACUAGGACUUCCAGUGUAACAGCUAGGAGAGAUUGA